CACGAAUUUGAGUUCGGCCUCAGGUCCGGUCUUCAUUUUAAUCACACUUGAAAGGGCGCUCGGGUUCAUUAAGAUUGACUAACUGAAGAUGGCUGCUACGCUACCACUGGAGCUACUCAUCCAGAUAGGAACAUCUCUCGAGAGUACGGGCGCCCCCGUCACGCCGUGUGUGACUGUCAGUCGGCGCUGGCAGGCAGCAUUCGAGCCGUUGCUCUACCGCAAAGUGCACCUCUACACCUCCGAUAACCUUGAGGAUUUUAGCCCAGGUCGCGCGCUUUCCCUGGCGAACUUUGGUCGGAUCACAUUCGGGCUAGGAGUUUUUCGAAGAGCUUGGAUCCGACACAUUGAAUGUUGUCUUGUUGUUCCACACGCGCUAUAUGACUGGCAGACAAUUCAACUGGAAGAUUAUACCACCGAUAACGAGGUACGAAGAGACAACGACCGUGCAUUCCAGUCCGGUAUCAUCGCCCUUUUCAGGACGCUUAGUGACUGGGACCCAGGUCUUCGCCUCACACUGCAACUAUUGAUCUCAGGUCGGGAAGAGACGCUCGAGCCAAAUACAUACGAUUGUACAUUUACCGGACCGGUUCCCUGGAGCUUCCCAGACGGAUGGAUACUGGCUGUUCCUCUUUAUCGGGCAUCGUUCGGUGACAUUGACCCACCUACGCUUCCAGUUGUCCCAUGUAUCGACCGACUUUGGUUCUCAGACGACCCUGAGUUCGAUUUUCCUUCUGAUAUUUGGGUAGGCGCGGCCAUGCAAAUCGCUCGAAACUGCUCCACCAUGUCUGGACUGCGGCUCAACAUGCAAGAGCAUGUCAAGCCAGAUCAUUUGGACUAUAUGCAAGCUCGUCGUCGGGCACUUGCCGAGGGAAUAAAAUCACUUCCACCGACUCUCAGAGACUUGGAACUUUUAAGUUCAUUCGAGUACCCUUGGAAGUGGUCGAUGCCUGGGCUGAAUCUUCUGGGAUCCGAUCACGACAUGUUGUCUCUCAACCGUCGCAACCUCAGCAUCAAUCUCAGACGGCUAGACCUGGAUGAGGUAUCGCUUGCAGCUGACGUUCUGUUUCCCCUUGAUGAACAAGAAAAUCCCUUACCGGAAAGUCUCUCGCUUCACUGGCCACAACUUGAGGUCAUCAAUCUCCGUGUGCCGCCAGUUCUCCCCACCGGCAGAUGGGUUACUCUUCACCUCCCCGAGCGACAAAAGGAGCUCGAUGCAAUAGAGGACUGGUCGGACAUCAUCCGUGACGUGGAAAGGGGAUGCGGAGACCGUAAACUGUUGGAUACUGACCAUUUUCAACGAGUCCUCAUCUCUCUCGGUCAUGCUGCCCGUCGGAUGCCCAACUUGACGUCACUGAGCUAUGUGAUUGAUGCCUACCCGGAGUUUGAACUUCUUGUGGGGUUCACUCCUUACGAACAUGCAGAAUUAUCCUUGUACUCUGAGCAUCGACCCGAUAAACAUUAGUGGGGUGUAACUGCAAGGGUUAGUCUAUCCGCCGCGGGCCAUCCCCGCUAGCCCUCAGUGCUUUCCCGGAGUAGCCCUGGAUCAUUAAGAUAAAAGUCUCUCGC